AUGGCGCUGCUGCGCGAGUGCGCACUUCACUUCGAUAAAUUCCCAAAUUCGCUCAAGAACGGUCUGGGUACCGCCAAGUGUUUGCUGGGUGCUAAACGGGUGGAGAAUUCCGGGUCGAAUACCGGGACGAAGGGGUCUCGUAGACAGACAACAGGGGAUGAGAGCAAUAGUGAUGAAGACAAAGAUGGCGCCGAAGAAGAACUUUGGUCCGAGACUUUUGAGUAUGAACUGUGUACAGCCACUGAGUGCAACAUCAUUGACGAUGUAAUUCUUCAGCAGACGUUCAAUCCUCUCUCUGCCCCAAUGGAAGAGCCCAUUGAGGUGAUGUAUGCGGCCCUCGGGUCACAGCGGCUCAAGAAUGAG